AGGACGGGUGUGGGCGGGGCUAACAGAAGCCGGAAGACGCUCACGUGACGCUCAGCUGCUUCAGGUCACGGGAGCAGAGCUUUGCGGAAGAACGAGAAAUGGCAGGAUCGAGGUGCUCCAGCCGAGUGAGAUUAAUGGCCUUUCUUGCCCUUCUCUUCACCCUUUUCUCCACAGGGAGCUCCGUUGCUCAAGUGCCACUCCUUAUGUGGUCCAGCGAUGGUUUACCAGCACUGGCCUCCGCUGCUGCUGGUCACAUCACAUCCAAAGACCAGCUGGCCGCCUACCUGUCCUCUGCCUUUGGAUCUGGACCCCACACUGUGCUGUUGUUCCUCCAAGAUAAGUUAAGCAAAGAUGACUUCACAGUCUUUGGUGGAGUGUUUGGAAACAAGCAGGAUAGUGCCUUUGAAAAUCUUGAGGCUGCACUGCAUUCUUCCUCAUCAGUGAUGUUCCCUGCUUUGGAGUGGUUGGAUUCCUCUGCCAUCCCAGCUCUGCUGCAGGAGAAGCUGGGUGCCUCGCCUCUGCUUGUAGACGCAGACACUCUGUCUCAUCUGAGCAUCAACACCUCUGCCAGCAAUCUACUGAUCAUCAAUUUACCUUAUUGUACUAGCUCUGGCAAGUCUUGUAAAAAAGUGCUACAUGACAAUGAUGGAAUUAUUGGAAAAGUUCUCAGUGUGAUGAAGGACAAAAAAGUCCACUACACUGCGAUAUACACAGGACUUAAACCAUCACGAGUGAUUUCAGAGGCAUCUAUGUCCAUCCAGCCUGCGGGGCGAUCCUUGCUCCAAGCAGUUGUGCCCGAGGUUAAACCGCCCAUCAUGUUUAACGUAUCCGGAAACCCUUGCAUAAUGCUUUGGGCCCAGAAUCUCAACGUCAGCGUUACAAGCGAGUCUGUGUGGAUCGACCUCGCUACAGAAGUACCCUCCAUGACAGGAUCCACGUGCAACAGCAGCAACUCACUGCUUGUCCUCACUUACCCAUCAGGCUACAUUCUAAGUUUUGCCAUGAGUCAACGGUUCUAUCCUGUGUCUGCACGGAACUGGUUCACCUUGGAUUCUGUGCAGCUGCAGGCCAACGGUCAAACUGCGUCUUUCAGUGGGAGCCGCAACAUCUACGCCCCCGCGGAGUAUUCCUUCCACUGCCAGUCCGUCACCAGCUUCCGGGAUAUCCUCUUGGUGGCAAACAAAACCAACCCGACCCCUGCGUGGAGGCUCAAUUUCAUCGACUUUCAGAUUCAGGGUUUCGGUUUGGCCAAUGGAACAGAUUUCUCCUAUGCCAGUGACUGUGCAGGCUUCUUUACGCCAGGGAUUUGGAUGGGGCUGGUGACCGGACUGCUCUUUCUCUGGAUUUUCGUAUACGGCCUGCACAUGAUCCUGCAGCUAAACACCAUGGAUCGAUUUGACGACCCAAAAGGGCCAUCGAUUUCAGUGCCUCAGUCGGAAUGAAGCGCUCCCAAACACAAACACUCCUCAGUCAGUCAGUCAGUGCCUCCUUGGAAAGUGAUUCUUUUUCAUGUAGCUUCUGAAUGUGUGAGAGAGAGCUUCUCUGAAGAUAUUUGCCUGACAGAAGAUCCUUAUUCCCGUUAUUCUCCCCUGUAGUUUCCUUUCCUGAGUCGUUCCACAGCCGUCUCUUGCAUAUUGUUCUCUUUCCAGGCACAUUCCGUCCCAUCGCUCCGUAUUUGCAAGUGCCAAAGUGGAUACACCUUUUGUAUUAAUUGAUUUUGAGCGUCUUUAUUGAAAGUUGUUUUUGGGACACUGUUGGUCAGGCACUGGCUAUAUUUCUCCUAAAAUAGCAAUAAUUUCUGGUGACAGAGAAUGUCUUCCAUGCCAACAUGCAUGUGAUUGCUGGAUGCUGUCGGACCGUCUCAGACCUCAGUACUUUUUUAAUAUUCCAACUCAACUGUAAUUUAAAGACUACUGGAAAGAAGAAUCUGUAAUUAAAGAGAACAUUGCUGUUUGUGCGUUUAAGAAUGGCCUUAUAAAAGUUCUGCUAUUAUUGACAAAUCAAGUGCCUCCACUCAUAUCCAAUAUUUUCUUUAAAAAAAUAAUUUAUUUAUGUAAAGAAUUUACCCUUUGUUUAAAGUUAUCGAAACCUGUAAUAACCGUGCCUCCCUUCUGACUUUGUCAAACGUAAUGUGCCAUUAAAUGUACAUGUACAUCGAAAAUAAAAAUAUAUAAAUGGUGAUCUUA